AGACCGCAUUCGGCCUCCUGGCAAUCCGUAACUGUCACCUGGUGAGCUGCGGUCGACGACGUUGUUGUUAUUGGUCGGUUCACGCGCACGUGUUUAGUAUAUUUGUUAUUGGUUGGUGAUUGUGGUUUUUGGGUUUUUCAAUUUUGACUUUGGUUGGUUGGUUUUGAAACACAGACAAAAUGACGGAGGGUCAAACAGACCUGGAGAUGCGCCGCAGGCAAUUCAAAAAUCAAAUGUCAACCGUCUCCAGCAGGAGACAGCAGGCCGUUUGCGUUCGACGCGCCUGCAAGAAAUACGGCACCAGCAGCAACCCCUACGUCAUCCUCGACGGUCUCAACAUGACCGUACCCAAAGGCUGCAUAUAUGGGUUGUUGGGGGCGAGUGGCUGCGGCAAAACUACCCUUUUAAACUGUAUCGUGGGGAGGAAACGGUUAAACUCCGGGGAAAUUUGGGUUUUGGGCGGCACCCCCGGUUCCAGAGGAAGCGGAGUACCGGGACCCAGAAUUGGGUACAUGCCUCAGGAAAUAGCACUGUACGGCGAGUUCUCAAUUAGAGAAACCCUCACCUACUUCGGUUGGAUAUCGGGAAUGACUACGGAGCAGGUGGAGGCAAAAAUUGGAUUCUACAUCGAUUUUCUGAUGCUGCCAGAUGCUGACCGACAGGUGAAGAAUUUAAGUGGUGGCCAACAACGAAGAGUUUCUCUGGCUGCCACCCUUAUUCACGAGCCUGAGCUCCUGAUCCUCGACGAACCCACCGUGGGCGUUGAUCCUCUCCUCAGACAAAGCAUUUGGAAUUAUUUAGUGGACAUUACCAAGGGGGGAAAGACCACUGUUAUAAUUACCACUCAUUACAUUGAUGAGACCAGACAAGCCCACUUAAUUGGAUUGAUGCGUGGUGGAUACUUCUUGGCGGAAGAAUCACCAGAAAAGCUAAUCACCACGUUCGGCGUGGACAACUUAGAAGAUGUCUUCUUGAAACUCAGCGUGAUGCAAAACAGGGGCAAGCGACGCCGCUCCAGCAUCCUCCAAUCGGUCACAGACGUCAUAGCUGUACCGGCCGGAGCCGUCAACGAAGCCGUCGUGGUGGACGACGAGGUCGGCGAAAUAUCCGGCGAAUUCGGUGACAAUGUUUCAAUGUCUAGUCGUGGAGGUAAAAGAGCGCAAAGUCGAGUGUCGAUUGCUCCGGAACCGUCGGAAGCACAGCCAGACUUACCUCCAGAAGAGGCGCCUCCAGCAACAGUCAAAGACUACUUAAGCAUUAUGGACAUGAACCACAUGAAGGCGCUGAUCUGGAAGAACUUCUUGUGGAUGUGGAGGAAUGCACCGGUGAUGGCCUUUAUUAUUGGGUUGCCGGUGGUUCAGACCAUUUUGUUCUGUUACUCGAUCGGGCACGAUCCAAAGGGCAUUACUGUAUCGGUUAUUAAUCACGAAAUCAACUACCCGGAAGAACAGUGUGGCUUCAGUCCUGGUUGUAAUAGUACCAAAUUAAGUUGUAACUAUUUGGACCACUUAAAGAAGAAUUAUACCAUGAAACUGACAUAUUACGAUACGGAAGAGAAGGCCAGAAGCAGUGUGGAGAAAGGAGACAGUUGGGCAAUGUUGCUGGUCCACGAUAACUUUUCCGACGCCAUUCGUUCCAGGAUCGAGUUAGGAAAAGAUGUUCCUAGUUGGGACUUGAAAUCAUCAACGAUUGAAAUACGGGCUGAUAAAUCAAAUGAGAACAUUGCCACGUUUUUAACCAGAGAUGUUUUAUUGGGAUUUGUGGGCUUCUUCAAGGACUAUUUGCAGUCUUGCGAGAUACCACCUGCAAUAGCUUCAAUUCCUAUAAGAUGGAACAAGCCAAUUUACGGAGAUAAUGUGCCAGACUUCACCAAUUUUGCUGCUCCAGGAGUAAUAAUAACGAUCAUCUAUUUUAUGGCUGUAGCGUUGACUUCAGGUGGAAUGUUGAUGGAAAGGAACGAAGGUAUUUUGGAGAGGUCUUUGGUGAACGGAAUAACUGGUCUGGAAAUUUUAUUCUCACACGUGAUCACCCAGUUUGUGGUAAUGGUGGGACAAACCGCUUUCGUACUGAUCUUCGCCUUCGUUGCUUAUGAUUUGAUUCAGAACGGAAGCUGGAUUCUGAUUAUCUCUUUGACUUUACUGUCAGGACUUUGCGGGAUGUGUUUCGGUUUUGUUGUUGCUUGUGCGUGCGACAACGAGAGAUCAGCAACUUAUAUGGCAUUGGGUAGUUUCCUUCCCAUAGUAAUGUUGUGUGGAAUCGUGUGGCCAAUCGAAUCCAUGAAUGAGUACCUAAAGUACGUAUCGUACGUUCUGCCCCUUACGCAGGCAACUGAUAGUAUGCGGUGCGUGAUUUCAAGAGGUUGGGGCAUUGAAGAUCCAACCGUUUAUCAAGGAUUCAUUUCGAUUACUGUGUGGAUCCUGAUUUUCCUGACGCUUAGUAUAUUGGUGCUCAAGUUUAAGAAGGGUUAAUUUUAAGUUAUUGUGAUUUUUAUUUAUAGUUAUUGAUGUUAUUGUAUUUAACUUUAUAAGUUGUUUGCCAUUAAAAUGUUAUAGUUAU